AAGAUGACGCAGUUGUUAUUUAAAAUAAACAUUAACAACCCUCUCAGCGCAGCGGAAUAUGGCGGCGCUGCUUAGAGCUCUGCGCGUUGGAAGUGCACUCCGGGGACUGGGCAGCGUGGUGUCUGCCCCAGCAGCACAGCCCCCGUGCAGCAGCCUGACUCGAGGCUUCCACCGGGCAGCACUGAGGCUUCAGGAUGAAUCCAAAGCUGACAAACCCCCCUCCUCCUCACCCAGCUCAACCACCUACCAUGAGCACUACCGGGCUCACUCUGCUGAACAGGAAGCAGCAGGAGCCCCCCAGGAACACUCAGCAUCUGAGCCAGCAGCUAAGGAGGCCUCCAGGCCGAACACCAGCUACCAGGAUCAGAGUGGAGAGCAGGGCGAGGAGUAUGAGACAGAGGAGCAGCUUCAGGCUCGCAUCCUGACCGCUGCCCUGGAGUUCAUCCCUCUGCACGGCUGGACAGUGGAGGCCAUCGCAGCUGGGGCUGAGAUGCUGGGCCUGUCCUCUGCUUCCACUGGGAUGUUCUAUAACGGAGCUGGAGACCUGGUGCUGCACUUCGUCUCUCAGUGUAACUCCCAGCUGACAGAUAUCCUAGCUGAACAACACAACCAGGUCCAGCUGGGCCAGGCCGAACCUAAGAAGACUGCAGAGUUUCUGAGAGAUGCUGUGGAGACCAGACUCAGGAUGUACAUCCCUUACAUUGAAACCUGGCCACAGGCGAUGAGCAUCCUGCUCCUCCCUCACAACAUCCCUGACAGCCUGAAGCACCUCUCCACCCUGGUGGACGACAUGUGGUACUACGCCGGAGACCGAUCCACAGACAUGAACUGGUACACCAAACGUGCGGCACUGACGGGCAUAUACAACACCACCGAGCUGGUGAUGCUGCAGGACUCCUCUCCUGACUUCCAGGACACCUGGGACUUCCUUGACAACCGCAUUCAGGAUGUGGUCAACAUGGCAACCACUGCCAAACAGGUGCAGGCGACUGGUGAAACAGUGGUGCAGGGGCUCAUGGGAGCUGCUGUUACACUGAAGAACCUCACUGGACUGAACCAGAGGCGAUGAUGUGAAAACAUCUCUCACUCACACGACCUGCCGGGCUCUCAUCACAAGCUGAAGAUCAACUCUCUUUUUGCUCUUAUAUCUGAAUAACUGUAAAGUCUGAAAGUAUUGAAUUAUGGCUUUAAUUUGUCACAGGCGGUAUAGAACGGCCUAUUGCUGUUUUACUGUAAGACCCUGGCUUGCCUUGUUUUGCUCCCCCUGUCCAAUAUUACCCUCCUGCUCAGAUUAUUUUUUCCCUUUGGACACAAUGAUCUGUCAUUUUUUUGGAUGGAGACUUCAAUAAAGCAGUUCUAUAUUGUAUAUUUAA